CACGACCCAAGACCGCUGCAUCAGUUCGCACGGUGUCGGACUCUCCGGUUAACGUUUGCCAUACGCGAAAGCAAGUUCCGUUCGCCGCGCUUGUGUGUUCGUUUCGUUUGGUUUAUUUUUUACACUUUUUUAUCUUCUUCUUUUGUCGGCACCGCACUCGCGUUUCUAAUCCGAUCGCCAUGUCUAGAAGGACGGACUUGGACUUGAGUGACGAUCAGAGGUUCGCUCUGAUGAAAUUAAGGAGAAGCGUCGCGGACUUGCACUUGGAUGAAAAAUACGACGAUUGUUUUUUACUGAGAUGGCUCAAUGCUAGAAAUUUCGAUUCGAAGGCGGCUGAAAACAUGUUGAGAACCUCGAUGAAAUGGCGCGAAGAGUGGUCGAUCAACAAGGACGACGGUUGGAAACCUCCUCAAGUGCUGAUCGAUUACAUUCCCAGCGGUAUUUGCGGGUACGACAAAGAAGGUUCGCCCAUAGUAGUCAUACCUUUCUCGGGAUUUGACGUGUGCGGGUUAGUCAAGUCAGUGUCGCCCAAAGACAUGGUCAGGUUUUUGGCACAAAAAGUCGACUCUUACUUGGAAGUCGCGAGACAGUCGUCGCUCAAGAACGGCCCCAAAGCGUCUCAGGUCGUCUGCAUCGUCGACCUGACCGAUUUCAAUCUGAGGCAGUUCACCUGGAGACCGGCUGCCGAAUUGACAAUAACCCUGUUGCAAAUGUACGAGGCCAACUAUCCGGAAAUACUAAAGGCCGUAUACGCAAUCAACGCUCCAAAAGUAUUCGCUUUCGCCUUCAACAUAUUAAAAAACAUUCUGACCGGAAACACAAUGAGUAAAUUCAUAAUUUACAAAGCGGAUCCCAAUAAAUGGAAGGCCGUUUUGGCCAACGGCAUCGAUCCUGAUCAAUAUCCAGCGUACUUAGGUGGUGCACAGACCGACCCAGACGGCAAUCCAAAAUACGCAACUAAAAUUGUGCAAGGAGGAAAAGUGCCAAAGGAAUUUUACGCGAAGAACGACAAGAAACAAUUGCUCUCUGAUGAUUACACAACUGUGAACAUAAAAAAAGGCGACAAGCUAUACCUGCAAUAUUCAGUGACAGAACCACAAAGUUUUCUCAGGUGGCAUUUUAAAACUGAAGGACAUGACAUCAAGUUUGGGGUUUUAGCGACAGAUUCGGAAAACAUACAAACCGUUGUAUUACCAAUCAAAAAAGUGCCCUGUCACGAAUUUGAAGAAAUCGGCGUCAUAGUAUGCAAAUACCCAGGCAUAUACACAGCAGUAUUCGAUAACAGUUACAGUUUCAUACGCAGCAAAAGGCUUUCCUACAAUAUACGAGUCACGUUGCCAGUGUCGGAAAAGAACACGAUGGCGAUUGAACAACUGGGCGAGGUGGAAGAGUGAAUAGACCCUUAUGUAACUUUAACGGGAAAUAAAACUAAACAGGGCCACUCAAAUCAAAAUUAUUCAAGUUAUAUUGUAUAUCGUAUUACGUUAUUACAGUAAUAUAUUAAUAAUAAUUUUCAUUUAGGAUAAAUACCGUCUUAUAGAACUUAACUGAAAUAAUAAUAAAUUACCUAGUAAAUAUUAUCAUCUGACAAUAUUGUAAAGAUAAAUAUUUAACAAUAAUUAUAGCAUUGGCUGUGCCCGACAGACUUUUAUAUACAUAAAUGAUCUGAUGCCAUUAUUAUUAUUUAGGAAAACGUUAUUAUUAAUAGCUAAUCAUCGGAAUCUUCAAACAGCAUAUUAACCAAGUCCGGUUUCAAACAUUCCUCUACUUGAAGUUUAUGCAGCGUACCCCAUUUUAUUAUCGUUGGCAAAAAUUGCAAUCUUAUUCUUUUGUCUGUUUUAAAAGGAUUUCCAGGACAAUUUUUCCACCUGAAACACAAAUGAAAUGUACCCUUCAAUGAUUACAUUAUAUUUGUUUGUGUUUUAAUGUAUAAGUACUUUGUUAUUUUUAUUUAUGUCUUUAUAUAUUAUAUU